AUGUCUUCUUCAGCUCGCACACGGCUGGUGAUCAUCGGAAUAGGCGGAGCGAGUUGUUCGGGGAAGACACUGCUCGCCAAACACAUUCAUCGAGCACUCCCAGAAGGAGCCCAUAUCAUUCAUCAAGAUGACUUCUGCCCUCCUGAAGAGACAGUUCCAUACUCCGAUCGAUAUCCCGAUUUACAAGACUGGGACGAUCCAGAAACAUGCAUCAUGUGGCCAGAGUUUCGUUCCAUCCUUCGCGAAAUGCGCAAAACAGGACAACAAGCUUCACACGCUUCUCAUGAUCACCUCAAUAAGCAAGUAGAGGUGAAAAUACAGCAACAUGUGUUCGAUAAAUGGCGUAAAUUACUAACACAGUAUGUCGAUGAGCAAAAGAAAGAUGGAGUAGACAUCGCCUGGUCCAUCGUGGAUGGAUUUGUCCUUUACUGGGAUAAACUCUUUUUGAGAGUUCCUUAUCAAGUGUUAAAACAGAGAAGAGAAGAAAGGCAGGUUUAUGUGCUACAACAGGGAGGAGUUUGGGUCGAUCCCCCAGGUUACUUUGACAAGAUCGUUUGGCCAGGUUAUCUCAAAGCGCAUAAUGGGAUUUUCGACGAUGUUGAGAGAGGUCCCGUGAAGAAGGAUUGGUCCGGAAACCUGUUACUCCUUCAACCUGGAGAUGGAGAAGAUGGUAUGACUGCAGCAUUUGAUGAAGCAUGCGGUGCCAUUCUGGAUGGAUGCAAGACCGGCGCAGGUAUCAUCAUUUCUUCAUAA